GCGGAAGCAUUCUGUGUGGCGCCCCCUGCCCUGCUUCCCCUUCCCUCUCUUUUUUGGGGGGGAGGGCUAUCCUGAGGCGCGGAGUGGGGACUCAGGGCGCAUGCGCACCUCAGUUGCCAUUGAGCCCCUCGGAGGCAUUGCGGUCUUUCUGCAGUGCUACCAUGGGGAACACCACCAGUGAGAGAGGGUCUGGGGAACGCCACAGCUCCAAAUCUCAUCGUUCUGAGGGUGCUAACAGCAGCCAGCAUGCCAAGGAUCAUUCACACAAGAUCAUGGUUGGAAGCACUGAUGACCCCAAUGUUUUCAGCACACAUGAUUCCAAGCUUCCUGGGGAAAAGGAUUUUGUGUCAUGGCACCAUGACCUGGAUGACUCAAUCAAGCCAACCCAACAGGCUCGUCCCACUGUUAUUCGCUGGACUGAUGGAGGCAAGGAAGUCUUCAUCUCAGGUUCCUUCAACAACUGGAGUGCCAAGAUCCCUUUAAUUAAAAGCCACAAUGACUUUGUUGCUAUUCUGGACCUUCCUGAAGGUGAACAUCAGUACAAGUUCUUCGUGGAUGGCCAGUGGGUUCAUGAUCCCUCCGAGCCAGUGGUGACUAGUCAGUUGGGAACAAUUAACAAUCUGAUUCAUGUCAAGAAAUCUGAUUUUGAAGUAUUUGAUGCUUUAAAGGUGGACUCCCUGGAAAGUUCAGAGACUUCAUGUCGAGACCUUUCUGGCUCUCCUCCUGGAACAUACGGCCAAGAAAUGUAUGUAUAUAGGCCUGAGGAACGUUUCAAAUCCCCACCAAUUCUUCCUCCCCAUCUCCUCCAGGUCAUCCUUAACAAAGAUACUAACAUUUCAUGUGACCCAGCCCUCCUGCCUGAGCCAAAUCAUGUGAUGCUGAACCAUCUGUAUGCACUCUCUAUUAAGGAUGGUGUUAUGGUACUCAGUGCCACCCAUCGCUACAAGAAGAAGUAUGUUACUACCCUCCUCUACAAACCUAUUUGAAUUGGGUCCUUCUUGAUCACUGUGGGAACACAGAGACUGCUGCUUUUUUUGCACACACUAUUAGGACAGGAAGCCAGCUUUCAGGCUCUUUGGUCAGAGGCAAAAGCUCUAUAUGACAGCAGCCCUAGCUCAGUUUUAAGGGCUGAUUGAGAACAUUAUUCAUUGGUCACCGUUUCUGCUAUGCAUCUUGCACCUGUCAUUAGCACAAACCUAGUAGUACCCACAUUUUGGAUACAUUAUCUUCUGUCCACUGAUGACUAUGGGUAAUGUUAAGGAAGGAGGAGUUUUGAGUUCCUCUUUCCUAGCCUCUUUUGGGUAUCCUUUUAAUUUCCCUCUGACCACAAAGAGUUUGCUAGCAGUAGCUCAGUGUCAAAGAAGAAAUGACUGUUCCUUAUUUCAUCUGUCAUUGAGACAUUAUAAUUAUUUUUAAAUGGUGUCUGCACUUUAUAGUUCCAGGAAGUUGAGCAGAAGGACCUCUUUUUGAAGAUCAUGUAAUAAUAAUAUCUACUAUUCAUGAUAGCUGUAUGAAAUUUCCCAGCUCAGAGAUAAUGUGCCACUAAAUAACUGCUGUAGAACAUUGGCAAGCUGUUGUCUUCAAGCGCUGUUUGUAGGCUUCCUGGAAGCAUCUGUCUGGCUGCUAUGGGAAGCAGGAUUUUGGAUAAGGCAGAUCUCUAAAAGGGCUGCUCUUAUGUUCUUAAAAUACCUACUACAGUGGUACCCCGGGA